AUGCCCGUAGUGUAUACUCUAGAUGAAUCGAUUACAGCAACGUUCGCUGAGCUGGACGCCGUCAAAUCUACCAUUAUGGGAUGCCUCUAUCACUUGUUAGAUCCUGACAACGCAUAUUGGCGCGAAGCCAUUCUGGAGGAGCUCAACAAGCUGUAAGAGCAAGAGGGGAACAUGGGUGUGAAGCUCAUGCAAGCUCCAAUCCUGGACAGCUUCAUGUGGGAGUCUCUGCGUUUCGAGCCGCCCGGGCCACUCAUCAAUAACGCAGCCAUGAAAGAUUUCGAACUGUAUUACCAAGGCCAGACAUACAAGAUCAAAGCCGGCACGCGCAUUGUGUCGAGCAUCCACGCGCUGCAUCAACACAAGGAGAGCUGGCGCGUAAUAGCAGGUGACAUGGCACCCUUGACUGUCUUCGAACCUAGUCGGUUCUUAAAGUACGGCGACAAGCUUCUCGGGUCAUCUUGGUUCAUGCCUUUUGGAAAAGGACCCCGCCGUUGUCCAGGUCAAGCAGCGGCUGCCUUGAUGGUCAAGACAUUCCUCAAGGUUUUCAUACAGAGAGACUGGAAGAACUGCAGAACGGUUUAUCCGGAAAAUCAAACUAAGGAUUCGUAG